GAUGGGAGCUGGGUGGAGGAAGGUGCUAUUUCAACAUUACGCUCUCUACUGGGGCUGAUACUUUAAUUUACAUCGCUGUGUGUUUGUUUUCUGAACUGAGAAAUGUAUGUUUGAUAAUGUAUUCAUUUUUGCGAGUUGACGCGUCCAAGGAUGUGACGCGCCUAGACUAGAGAGAGACAGAGCCCCGCCCUUCUCCUGGUGUGGAACGAAAAUGCCCCGUCUCUCCUCCCUCCGCCCCAGGGAUAGAUAGGCUUUCUCCCCGCAACUGCGACCUGUGUAGUAGCUUACUGUCCACAUACAGCGGAUGUCUGACAUGAUAUCCAUGGAAUGCACUGAACGUUAUAUCAACCAGAAACUAGUUUAAGGACUUUCGUAGACUUAGUUUAUAGCUAGAUAGAUAUUGGUUAAAUUAUUUAUUGACAAUGGAAGGAAACAGUAAAUUCACCAGCCUCUUUCACAGACCCAGGUGUCUGGCGGCGGCGGCACCUGGAGGAAAAGCGAAAUUAACUCACCCAGGGAAGGCAAUUCUAGCAGGUGGUAUAGCAGGGGGUAUAGAGAUCUGUAUCACCUUCCCUACAGAGUAUGUGAAGACUCAGCUACAACUGGACGAGAAGGCCAACCCUCCCAAAUACAGGGGCAUCGGUGAUUGUGUGAAGCAGACAGUACAGGGUCAUGGGGUGAGGGGACUGUAUAGAGGACUCAGCUCACUGCUCUACGGAUCCAUACCCAAAUCAGCUGUCAGGUUUGGUGUGUUUGAGUAUCUCAGUAACCAUGCCCGUGACGAGGCAGGGAAGUUGAACAGCACCAGGGGUCUGCUAUGUGGGCUGGGGGCUGGAGUCAUGGAGGCUGUAUUCAUAGUCUGCCCCAUGGAGACUGUCAAGGUUAAGUUCAUCCAUGACCAGUCUUCAGCCAACCCCAAAUACAGAGGCUUCUACCAUGGAGUCAGGGAGAUCAUCAGAACCCAAGGUAUUAGGGGGACCUACCAAGGCCUGACAGCCACCGUUCUGAAGCAGGGCUCCAACCAAGCCAUCCGAUUCUACGUCAUGACCUCCCUCAGGAACUGGUACAAAGGGGAUAACCCCAAUAAGGCUAUUAACCCCGUGGUGACGGGAACGUUUGGAGCCAUUGCAGGAGCAGCCAGUGUGUUCGGGAACACCCCACUGGACGUCAUCAAGACCAGGAUGCAGGGUCUGGAGGCUCAUAAGUAUAAGAGUACACUGGACUGUGCCGUCAAGAUCAUGAGACACGAGGGUGUACGAGCGUUUUAUAAGGGGACGGUUCCUCGGCUGGGCCGUGUGUGUCUGGAUGUGGCCAUCGUCUUCAUCAUCUAUGAGGAGGUGGUCAAGGUUCUCAACACGGUCUGGAAGACUGAGUGAGGGGGUGCAGCUGGAGCCUCUGACCUCUCUGGGCCAGACCGGACAAAUGAGCCUACUACCACUCUGUAGUGGGUGCCCUGUCAUUCUGAGUUAAGCAUAGUGGUUCUGCCUUGGCCUGAGGGUCUAGCUACAGUAACAGUUACAGUAACAGCUACAUGAGUUGAAACUUAUAUCACCCAAUGAAAAAGGUUUUCCUUUUGAUCAGUUAUGACCAAGCCUUUAAUGCAAUUAUUUUAAGUGUGAUACAACAUAUUUUUGAUAAUACUUAUGAUUAGAAUAAUACAUCUUUAAUUGCAGAGCUGCCAAAUUGUGACAAACCUAAUUAUUGUUACAGUUCUACUGUAACACAACUCACCCUUUUGGGCUGGCUAACAGCGUUUUCCUCAAGUGAGAAGUAUGCAUAGAGUAAUAUAUUCUGACCAAGAGAAGAAAAAAAAUGUAAAUAAUAUACUGAUUCAUAAUAUAUUGAUCAGAGUCUUUAUCGAUGUAUUUAUUGAAUGUUGAAUGUUGACUAAUGCGUCUUUGUGUUUGAGACCGUUGCUGUUAUACUGUGCAGUGUUAUGUACUAAAUAGUAAGCCAAUGCGCUACAGUGUUAACAUUAAAGUACUGUAGGGAUUGGGUGGGUGCAAGAGGUCGCAUUGGGUUCAUUACAGCUCAUUCCGACUCAACCAUAACCCAGAUUCCUACCACGGAUGUUUGUGUUCCAGAUAGAUCAGCCACGUUCUGAGAUGGAACCCUGGGGGAACAUUCUCAUUCCAUCCACACAUGUUCCAAUCAUUUCAGAGGCCUUUGUUGUCAAUGGUUUUAAAAUUCUAAAUCAUUGACAUUCUGUUAUAUUUGGUGCCAUUUUGGGGGUUGUUUUAGUGUUUUAAAUUGUUUCUUUAUUGUUGCCUUGCAGAUGUGCCUAUUCAUUUACGAAAACAACCAUUUUGAAACCAUUACAAUGUAUUAUAUAUUUUUGAAUCCAUCAUCUCAUCUAGGUUUUCAGGGUCUUGAUUGUACAGUGUAAUAAUGUGAGAACAGUCUGAGUCUGCACAAAUGUCUGCCCUAACAACAAGAAAACAUUGCUUUAUUUUGCAUCAGUGGAAUAGUAAAUGAAAUGCAUUGUUAUUUAGCUUUUAGCGCCCAAUGCCUUUGAAUCUGUGUUGUCAGUAACGGUAGAUUGACUGUUUUGACUCUUGCUUUUGCCUACAGUAAGUGCUGCAUAACAUAUGUACUGUAAGGUGCGGAAGGCCUCAGUCCUCUCCUCAGCAUAUGCUGUUUAAGGACUGGAUUCAAUCCGUAUCCCAGAAGAGCCGCGUUAAAAUGUAAAGGUUAUUUCCAAAUGAGCCGUCAUAUGCAGAGUUUACCGUAACAAUUGCCUUUGCAUUUCAAUCACGCUAUAAUGCAGAUCUUCUGUGAUACUUCUGCGAUAUGGAUUGAAACCAACCAGAUUCCAUAAUAUCAAAAUUAAAUGGAUAUCAUGGAUAUCAAAUACCUAGAGGAAUUUGCUGUGUUUCUUACCUUACUAUAACCUCUAAAGCUAAGGUGGCAUUACACUAAGGACCAAAACACAACCGCUUUGCCAUCGCAUGACUUUAUUUGAAUUUGAGUUUUUCACUAAGACAUUUUAGAAAAGUACUAGCGUGUGUGUGUGUGUGUGUGUGUGUGUGUGUGUGUGUGUGUGUGUGUGUGUGUGUGUGUGUGUGUGUGUGUGUGUGCAUGCACUCCUCCAUCCUACUCCCCUUUGAUGAGGUCAGGAAAUCUAUCUGGAAAUCUGAAAGUGAAAGAAACAGUUUUAUAGUUACAGCAUCAUGAUGUGGUUUCUGCAUUCAGACAAGAUCAUGCUACCAUUCAUUCGUAACUGAAUAGUGGCUCUGGCUAUGAAUACAAGCUAAUGUUAGUUAGUGAAUGACAUCUGCGGUGGCCAUAUACAGUUGAAGUCAGAAGUUUACAUACACCUUAGCCAAAUACAUUUAAACUCAGUUUUUCACAAUUUCUGACGUUUAAUCGUAGUAAAAAUUCCCUGUCUUAGGAUCACCACUUUAUUUUGUGAAAUGUCAGAAUAAUAGUGGAGAAUGAUUUAUUUAAGGUUUUAUGUCUUUCAUCACAUUCCCAGUGGAUCAUAAGUUUACAUACAGUCAAUUUGUAUUUGGUAUUAUUGCCUUUAAAUUGUUUAACUUGAGUCAAACGUUUCAGGUAGCCUUCCACAAGCUUCCCACAAUAAGUUGGGUGAAUUUUAGCCCAUUCCUCCUGACAGAGCUGGUGUAACUGAGUCAGGUUUGUAGGCCUCCUUGCUCGCACACACUUUUUCAGUUCUGCCCACGAAUUUUCUAUAGGAUUGAGGUCAGGGCUUUGUGAUGGCCACUCCAAUACCUUGACUUUGUUGUCCUUCAGCCAUUUUGCCACAACUUUGGAAGUAUGCUUGGGGUUAUUGUCUAUUUGGAAGAACCAUUUGCGACCAAGCUUUAACUUCCUGACUGAUGUCUUGAGAUGCUGCUUCAAUAUGUCCACAUCAUUUUCCUGCCUCAAUGCCAUCUAUUUUGUGAAUUGCACCAGUCCCUCCUGCAGCAAAGCACCCCCACAACAUGAUGCUGCCACCCACGUGCUUCAGGCCUGGGAUGGUGUUCUUCGGCUUGCAAGCCUCCCCCUUUUCCUCCAGAUGGUCAUUAUGACAGUUAUAUUUUUGUUUCAUCAGAUCAGAGGACAUUUCUCCAAAAAGUACGAUCCUUGUCCCCAUGUACAGUUGCAACACCGUCGUCUGGCUUUUUUAUGGCGGUUUUGGAGCAGUGGCUUCUUCCUUGCUGAGCGGCCUUUCAGGUUAUGUCGAUAUAGGGCUAGUUUUACUGUGGAUAUAUAGUUUUACUUCCUUUGUUCUCUACUCCCCGCCUUCCAUUAUCCUUCUCACUCUCAUCUGCUCCAUUUCCUUCUUCACCCUCUUCUCCAUGUACUUCCUUCUCUUCCUUUGUUCUCUACUCCCCGCCUUCCAUUAUCCUUCUCACUCUCUCAUCUGCUCCAUUUCCUUCUUCACCCUCUUCUCCAUGUACUUCCUUUCUCUCUCCCUCUUUUUCUUUUCCAUUUCCUCCUUCCCUUUUCCACCUUUUUCACUCUCCUGAAUCAUCUCGUUCAAUCCAAAACGCAGUUUCUUCUCUAUGGUGGCAUCCUAAGGGGACAACCGGUGUGGAGUGGGUGCAGCCCAUUUUGAGACAUUGUUGAAAGAAGAUUGGGCUUUCAACGCAUAGAUCUGCUGAUGACGGCAUGUCUCUGAUGACAUGAAAAGUGCAUUUCAGGAGGUGAAAAGUGCAUUUCAGGAUAUUAUGUAGGCUACAUAGAGAAAAUGUUUACUUUUUUUUUUUUUUCAAUAGAAGGGAUAUUAUAAUAUAAUUUAACUGUCAUCCAAAGUGUAUUACAGUGAGUGAAUAUAACUGACUGAAUCUGAAAAGGAAAGGGGUGAGAUACUCAUGCCGUCCAGGUUCAGUAAUGUUCACACACACGCGCUUUACCCUCGGCUUGUAACAAUAAAGACUAUCUCCCUUCAAAAAGGUA